AUGUCAAUGGACUAAUCUAUAUUAGGUUAACUACAGAUCAUCUAAAACUUUAAAAUGAUGACAAGUGGUGCUUUCUUUAUUAAACAUCACAGAUUUACUUGUCCUAAGUUGAGAUUUAUAUGGGUUACAGAAGAUAUAAAGGAGAUCUGUUGGAGUGAACCUAAAAGCUAGAAACAGAAAGUUUCUGGAAAAAUAAGGGUAGAAGAGAUCACAAAUGUAAAGGUAGGAGCUGUAAAAUCUAAAACACUACCAAAAGAAGAAAUGAGUAAGUUUAAUUUAAAUAGAUAGAUAGAUAAUAUUAAAUCUUACUGCAUAUAUUAUAAUUAGACAGAAAUAACAACAUUAUAAGUCUUGUAACAGAGAAAAGAACUCUUGAAAUAGAAGCAAACAGCUCAAUAUAAAGAGAUCAGUGGUUAAAUUUUAUAGAAAUUCUGCUUGAAAAGAAUGGUAUUGCUGCUAUUUAAAUCCAAAAUCAUAACUAAAAUAAUUAAUAUUUAUCCUGAUUUGAUUGCUGUCUUCAUCCGACCAGAAAAAUUUCAAAAUAAUUAAUAAUUAAAUUAAUUACAUUUUUUCAAAUUUUAUUCAAAUUAUAAUUAAAAGAAAAUUUACACUAAAAUAAACUAUUAAUUAACAAUUUAUUAAUCUACUACUAAUCUGUAAAUAUUUAUACUCGUUUCAAGAAUUUAUAUUGUAUCCUCUUUUCACUUUUAUUCAAGAUUUAUUCAAACCCAUCUAAUUAAGUAUUAACCAUUAAGUAAAUCUUCAUUUUAUUUUCAUUUCUCUUCAAUAUUCUAGUAACCUAAUUCAUUAUUUAUUUUUUUUAAUAUCUUUAUUGAUUAUCUAAUUUUUGUUAUUUUGGAUUGCUUAGAGCUGAAGAAAGAAAAUGAAAGGUUAAGCCGAUAUUUAUAAAAAAGGAAAACAAUUAAACUAAAAUCUAUUUAUCAGAUCAAACCGUUAAAAAGGUACUUUUUCUUACAUUUUUUUAAGAAAAUAACCGCAGAGACAAUAAUAUUAAUUCUAAAAAUACUAAAGAAAAGUAGAUUUUUUAAAAUAUUCAAUUUUUAAUGA